CUAUUUGGCAAAGAGCAGAACAGGAAGCAGCGAGGUGGGGCGGCCGUCUCUCUGCUGUUCUUUCCUCCUUUUCUCCAUCUCGAUUCCUCGCUCCAGAUUUAGCCCUGCUUUUUUUUUUCUCUCUCCUUUUUUUGAUUCAUGGACAUCCUGGAUUGUGAAGAGGCAGGAAUAGCGCAAUAGGUUUGCCCGAUUGGUGUCAGAGGCUUGCUGUGCGAGUGUGCGCGUGAGUUAGGCCAGCGAGAAGACCAGCGAUGACCAGCGAGGCCUUGAUGGAGGACCUCAUGGGGGAUCAGCUGACUGACACCACGGUACCCGGCGACCAUAGCGACGCGGAGUCUUCGACCGACCCGGAUGGCCUGUCGGUGCUCCAGCAGCUCGGCCUGGACCAGAACUCGGACUUCUCGGACUCCAGCGUGCAGCAGCGGCUGGACGAGCACCGCGAGAGGAUCCGCAGGGAGAUCCGCAAGGAGCUGAAGAUCAAGGAGGGCGCGGAGAAUCUGCGCAGGGCCAUCACGGACAAGAGGAAGGGCCAGCAGGUGGACUCACAGCUCCGUAGCUCCAAGCGCAAAGUGGAUUCGCUCCAGGCGCAGCUACGGGAGCUGGAUGCACACAUUGUUGUCAAGGGUCCGGAUGACCACCAAGAGACCACUAAGUCUCCGGGCUCAGUCAGCCGGACAUCGGCCAAUCAGCAACGGAUCGCAGCUUUGGAGCGACAGCUAAACAUCGAGCUGAAGGUCAAGCAGGGAGCAGAGAACAUGAUCCCAAUAUACUCAAGUGGGGGUACCAAGGACAAGAAGCUCCUCCAGUCGGCUCAGCAGGUGCUGCAGGACAGCAAAACCAAAAUCGACAUCAUCCGGAUGCAGAUCCGAAAGGCCAUGCAGGCCACCGAGCAGUCCGAUGACAACCAAAGCAAGCCGGACCUGUGCGGGGCGGAGCUGCGCGUCGAGGAGCUCUGGCACCACUAUCGCGUGGAGCACGCCAUGGCUGAGGGAGCCAAGAACAUGCUGCGGCUGCUGGGGGCGGGAAAGGUCCAGGACAAGAAGGCCAUCGCUGAGGCCCAGUGCGGUCUGAGUGAGUCGUCCCAGCGCCUGGACCUCCUGCGCUGCUCCCUGGAGCAGCGGCUCCAGGAGCUCCCGGAGGAUCAUCCCAAGGCCUGCCUCAUCAAGGAGGAGCUGGUGCUGGCCUCGUCCUCGGCGUUCAGCUCCCAGCAGAGCACCCCAUAUGUGCACAACCAGUACAGCACGCUGAGCAAGCCGUCGCCGCUCACAGGCACUCUGCAGGUCCGCCUUCUCGGCUGCGUGGGGCUGCCGGACGUCGUUCCGGGACGCAGCCGAGGGAGCCAGGUGGCUCUUCCGUCUUUCUCCCAGACCGACGGGCGCUCCUCGUUUAAACUGAUCGGCCUCUACAGCCGCAGCACCAGCAGCAUGAGCCUCAAGCUGCCCGGCAAGAACGACGAGCUCUCCUCGGAGGUGAGCGCAGUGCUGAAGCUGGAGAACACCGUGGUGGGCCAGACUCCCUGGAGAACGGUGGGGGAGCAGGCCUGGGACCACACCUUCACCGUAGAACUGGAGCGAUCCCGGGAGAUGGAGAUAGCCGUGUACUGGAGAGAUUAUCGCUCGCUGUGCGCCCUGAAGUACCUGAAGCUGGAGGAGUUCCUGGACAACCAGAGGCACCAGGUCCAGCUGGAGCUGGAGCCACAGGGGCUGCUGCUGGCCGAGGUGACCUUCUUCAACCCAGUCAUAGAGCGAGGCCGCCGACUGCAGAGGCAGAAGAAGGUCUUCUCCAAGCAGCAUGGCAAAGCCUUCCUGCGUGCCCGUCAGAUGAACGUGGACAUCGCCACCUGGGUCCGCCUGCUGAGGAACGCCAUCCCCACUGGAAGCAACACGCCCGCAUACACAACCAGCUUCUCCAGCAACGCCGUCACACACACUACGGGAGAAAUCUCAGUGGAGAAGUUGAGUCUGGACAGCGAUUCUCCUCCGAAAGCAGAGACGCGGAAAGAUGUGGUGGACGCCCCAACGCCGCUGGAACAGACGGCCAUCGUCGAGGCCCCGCCCACCCCCGACGUCCCCGCUCAGCAGAAACCAACCAGAUCGCAGUCCCAGAACUCUUUGUGCAGAGCCAGCAGAGGGCCUCUGUGUCUGCAGGACUUCAAGCUGAUCGCAGUUCUCGGCAGGGGCCACUUUGGGAAGGUGUUGCUGUCGGAGUACAAAAAAACCGGCAGCCAGUACGCCAUCAAAGCCCUAAAGAAAGGAGACAUCGUUGCUCGGGACGAGGUGGAAAGUCUGAUGUGCGAGAAGCGGAUCUUCGAGACCGUCAACAUCUCCCACCACCCCUUCCUGGUCAACCUGUUUGCGUGCUUCCAGACGCCGGAGCACGUGUGCUUCGUCAUGGAGUACACGGCGGGAGGCGACCUCAUGAUGCACAUCCACGCCGACGUCUUCUCCGAGCCGCGGGCUGCGUUUUACUCAGCCUGCGUCGUCCUGGGUCUGCAGUUCCUUCACGACCAUAAGAUUGUAUAUCGGGAUCUGAAACUGGAUAAUCUGCUCCUUGAUAUUGAGGGUUUUGUGAAAAUAGCUGACUUUGGGCUCUGUAAAGAAGGCAUGGGUUAUGGAGACAGAACCAGUACUUUCUGUGGUACUCCGGAGUUUCUGGCCCCCGAGGUGUUAACGGACACGUCCUACACCAGAGCGGUGGACUGGUGGGGGCUCGGCGUACUCGUCUACGAGAUGUUGGUGGGCGAGUCUCCGUUUCCAGGUGACGACGAAGAGGAGGUGUUUGACAGCAUCGUGAACGACGAGGUGCGCUACCCGCGCUUCCUCUCCACCGAGGCCAUCGGCAUCAUGAGACGGCUGUUGAGAAGAAACCCUGAGAGGCGUCUGGGCUCCGGAGAGAAGGACGCAGAGGACGUCAAGAAACAACCAUUUUUCAGAGGAAUGGACUGGGACGCGCUUCUCCAGAGGAAAGUCCCGCCUCCCUUCGUCCCGACCAUUGUGGGGAAGGAAGACGUCAGCAACUUCGACACGGAGUUCACCGCCGAGGCCCCCGCGCUCACGCCGCCCCGCGAGCGCCGCACCAUUUCUCGGAAGGAGCAGGACUACUUCAAGGAUUUCGAUUACGUCUCCGACCUCUGCUAGGGCCCGGGGCCACGGAGUGGAGGGGGGGUCAUCGGCCCCUGCGGUCAGACUCCGACCGGAGAAUGGUGAGGGAAGGAUGACUGGAGAAACGAGGAACGGAUCCUUUGUCUUUCUUUGUGUGAGUGUGUGAGGUCGACAGGACAGCUGAACUGAACGUGGACGGACACACACAUAACCUCUGGGCUGCUUUCAGAGAGGAGGGAAGCUGUGAUAAGAGAUUAUCCAGAUUAUGUAAGAGAUGGAAAAAAAUCCUCUGAUGAAGACAGGAAGCUGGUUUUUUCCCCUCCGCUUCAAUCUGGACUCGCUUCACACUCUUGUCGUUUCCAUCCUCGCCGUUCACUGUGCGUUUCAAUGUGAACCGUAACCCCUCCAGCCUCAAUCAGGCACUGCACUACCUGCAAACCGCCACUUGUGGGCGCCAGAGGACAGAGAAGAAGGAGAAAGUGUUUGGUUUUCAUGGCCAAAGAAAACCGCCACAAGUGGACGUUUUAAAGGAGGAGGUUCUGUCUGUGUGUCUCUGCUUACUCACCCUCCUUCACAUUCAUUUCUUCCUUCUGUUCUUCGGUACAUUACAGAUUUUUUUAAAGCAUAAUCACUCUUCAGAGGUUGUUUUUUUUGUGAUAAAAUUUGUUUUUCUGUCUGUGUUUCUUAUUCCUUUGUCGUUUGCUGGUAUAACUUGUAGCAGCCAUGGUCCAGUAAAGAUGUGAAACCAACA